ACUUGUCAAACAGAUUUCUAAAUUCUAGAGUCUAAACAAACCCAUAUGUAUUUAUUGACCAACGGAAACUUAAAAUUAAUUUUAAUUUAUUUACAUUUAUUUAUUGUAUUAUAUUUGAGAUACUAGUUUAUAAUUGUUCCUUUCAAAAUGACUGUCAAUCAAUAUAUAAAGGAUGUUAUUUUAGGAUUAAUCAAUGAGAUUGAACAGCUAUCAAAGAGCCUGAUCGAAAAUAUGAUCAACAAUAAGCGUCUUCGUCCCAAUUCUGGGCAUACAGUGAAUUUGACUGAGCUUGGGGAUAGCUUGGUGGCCAAGAAUGCUCAACUAAAGAAAUCAAUUAAAUUAGCAAUGGAGAUGGAAGAAAUGGCAAAGAAAGUAGAUUUAUUGAAUCUUGAUAUCAGUAGGGCUGAUGAAGAGAUCAAACAUUUAACCAAAUCUUUUAAAGAAGCAGAACAUAUCCUGGCAACUGCUAUAUAUCAAGCUAAACAAAAGUUGGCCCUGAUUAGACAAGCCAAUGCGCAUCCGGUUCCUUCUGAAGAACUGAUUAAGUACGCUUAUAAAAUAAGCUCAUGUCAUUCCGUUGCAGCUCCAUAUAACUGGGAACAAGGAGAUUUAAGAAGACCGUAUCCAACAGACAUAGAAAUGAGAUCAGGCUUCAUUGGUCAAAUGGGUGGUUUUGUCACGAGUAUGGCUACAACAGGUCAACAGCAACAAAGCUCUUACAAUGCUCAAGCAGCACCGAACUCUUCACAACAGCCCAUGGUUGAAGAUCAUGUUUUCACGAAAGGAUUUUUAGAAUCUGUUCACUCAUCUAUUGAUUCGAAAGCAACAAUAUCCAAAGACAAUAUAGAAGAUGUUGAAGUUAUGUCCACUGAUUCUUCAAGCAGUUCAUCAAGUGAUAGUCAAUAACUAAUUUGAUUGAAAAGACUGAAAAUAAUCUUGCCUCAGUGUUGAUGGCUUCAAGCUGAUCCUAGGCUUCCUAGUGACCAUGUUCAAGUAGCACAAAUCUCAACCUUAUUCUGUGAGAUUUUUUAACUUGAAAUCAACUCUGAAUUGCUUUGGUUAAUUACUUUCCCUGACCUUCCUUCGAUCCCAUCCAGGCUUACUAAGAGUGAGAGACGCAGGUCAGAGUUCACGUUUCUUCUCAUUUUGUUAAUAAUGGGCUCACUUCGUGCAUCUGUCCGCCCAAGCAAAAUAAUUUACAUCGUGUUUCACUUUUCCACCUAUUAACUGCUCCAUUAUUUUUCAUUGCUCCAAAAAAUAAAAGUAUAAAUUUUGCCAAAUUUUCA